AAGUAUAGAAAGGGACUUCUAAACUAAAGUUUUAGAAUAGAAUUUUUAUAACAUAGAAGAAUGACUGUUCUUGACAGGUAGCAAAUCAUUAACUGUGUCAUGUGGUUUUCAUAUAAUUUUAGCUUCUGUUUGUGUUAUGUCAGUAAGCCCUUUAUCUUUUCUUGGAAUACAAGUCUUGUAAAGGUAUGAAUAUGAAACCUGCAAAUAUGCAAAUCUAUACUUUUUAAAAGUGAAAAAUCUCUAUCCAUGGCCAAUAUUAAGGAACCAGUAAUGAAGAAUGACUACGUCAACUAAAAAGAUAAUUUACAUGUAGCUUUUCCAGAAUAGACCUGCCUCAGUGAAGUUAAUUUAAUAUUGAAAUCAAGAAUACAGAAAAAUGCAAGUCCUUUUGGCAUAAUAAAAUGCAUAACCCAAUUUUCCUGUGUAGAAAGCACUAUGAGCAGGUGGUAUCAGGAAAAAGACUCUGUUGUAGGAAAGCAUUUAGAUUAAUUCUGACUGUCCUUUACAUGAUGACAAAGUAACAGUCUAAUGCAUGAUGAAAUUUACUAAGCAGAAUUUUAUUUUUUUAUUUGGUGGAAUUAUAAUUUAUGUAGUUGAUAUUGGAGUGGACUUCUGGGUAGCUAGUAAAUAUUUCUGUCAAGGACAAUAUUCUUGGAGUAUAUUGAUACUGUGUUUUAGAGGUCUUUCAUUAUUAAUAACUCAGAUAUUCAGUUAUGAGUGGUUUAAAAAUGACUGGGAAUGUACUGAUACUGGGAAGCUGAAAUGGAUUUUCCUAGUUCAUCUCUUCCAGUGUGGAAUUUUUAUAAGGUAUUGGUUUGCUUUGAAAUAUGGCUACCAAGCUGCAUUUAAACAAAAAAACAGUGGAGAUGCACCAGAAACAGACUCUCCCAACUUCCUUCAAAAGCAAGCCAUUGACGUAGUGACUGAUAUUAACAUGCUCGGGGUAUUCAAGACUUUUCUUGAGACCACACCACAACUUUGUGUCCAGAUUUAUAUCCUCAUGGAAUAUGGCAAAAGUAAUUUCUCUCAAUAUGUUGCCAUUAUUAUGUCCUUUUGUGGUAUCUCCUUUUCAGUGGUUGAUUAUCAGAUUUCAUUACGAAAAUCUCUGCCUGAUAAAGAUGAAUUUCCUGUGCUUUCCAAGGUAGUGUAUCUCUUCUACAAACUUCUUACCAUCACUUCUUGGAUACUCAGUAUUACACUGGUCAUGCUACUAAGUGUUAGAAGUUCUGUAAUUCUGCUGAUACUUCUUUGGAUCUGUGGCUUCACCUGGACUGUGAAACAACAUACGACAUUUUGCAAAUCUAAGAAGAUGGAAUAUCUGUACAGAACUGUUGUUGGAAUCAUUCUAAUUUUUACCUUUUUUAACAUAAAGGGGAGAAAAACAAAAGUUUGCAUUUCUAUUUAUUAUGCUACUCACACUGUUGUAACUCUAGGUAUUCUGUUUGUAUACCUGUUCUGGAAACCUUCAAUUAUUAUGGAAAUAAGUUUUAUAAUUGUGAGCAUCCUAACUAUUCUUAGUCUGGUGUUAGGUAUUACUUUUCUUGUUGUUUAUUAUAGGUGUUUUCAUCCCACUUCUUAUUGCAGACCACAGGCAUGUUCAGAUGAAGUUGAUGGAGAUGCCAGACACAAAGAUAGAGUGAGAAUCUGUAGAUUUCAAAAUUUCAUAAUGCAGUGAACAAUGUAGUUUUUUUUUUAAUUGUGUGGACUCCAAAGCAAAUGCUUGCUGGACAGCCUGUUCCUCUGUCAUUUUUUUCUCAUGCAUUGUGGUUGAGUAGUGCAUAAUGGAUCAGAGUUACUUGCUCUGAAUAACUAUUGUUUUCAGUGAUGCUGUACAAAGCCUUUCUAACAUGAAUAUUUCUCUAUGUUCUGGUCAAAGUAACUUCUGAAAAAAAAGUAACUUAAUCCAGCUAACACAAUCCACUGUUUCCAUUUUUAGCAAUGCGAAUAAAACAUAGGGAAUGCUAAAAGUUAAUCAAAUGAAAGCUAGCAUUAAAACAAUAUUCUAUUAAUUUAUGUUGACUCUAUUAAAAACAAAGCUUGCUUUUCUGUUCUUGCUGGAAGGAAAGGAGUGCAUUUGAAAUAAUAGAGGGUGGUGAUCAGUUAUCUGCUUCUCCCCAUUAGCGUAAAAGCUGCAGUUCUUUAGAUGAGGAGAGUUACAAAUUGUAUGGCCUUCUUUCUGAAUAUCGCCUGAAGAAGAAUAGCUUUGAUUUAUGGCUCAAUCACUGUCUUGCCACAAGAAAAUCUGGGGAGCUAUUUUCAAGUGUUUUAACUUCUAGGUGUUUUAAUGACCCCUUUAUUGGUUUUGUUCUGAUAAUCUCUCUCACAACCUUCUGUGUUUAGGGGUGAUACCAGCUUGUUCCUCUGGAUUAUAAUAGCAGCCUGAGUGAUUUAUGGAUGGCAACAUGAGUCUUGCAUAUAAAAGAACUAUCUUCCCUGAAGCUUUCCUCUCUUUUGAGCUCUAAGAUAUAAUACUUUAAAUGCUGGUUUCUGUUGAAAAAGGAGGCUAUGCAAGGUGUGCAGUGGUGCAGUUUCUUUUGUCACUGUAGAAAAGAGAAGCGACUGUCCUGAUGCACUGCACUCACAGGGUUUGGGAACGAUAGAAUAAUCAGCUUGUCCCUCAAGGUUUUUUGGCAGAUGGCAGAGUGAAAUUGGACAAUACUUCAGUCCCGUGUUCAAAUGCCAAAUCAAUAACAGUGGGAAUAAGGUAGAUAGCCAAGCUUCUUCAGAAAUAAAAUCUAAGGCUAAGUCUUUCAGAACUGCUGCAUUUGAAAUCUGAACUAUGAAAACCAGGGCUUUUUUUCUCCCCCCUAAUCCCUUCCAGUAAUUCACAUGUGCAUUUAGAGUAGCCACAGGCAAAGGGAGGAAACAAGGCUUGAGAAGAGAGACUAGAGAUAAGAAAAACUGAUAAACUUUGCCACAAACCAAAUCUGUUAGCAUUAUUGAUUGACAACAAACUUCCAUGAAACUUUGAGGAAGGGCUGAUGCUUUGGUUGAUAACUAGGGUGUUGAAGAGCUGUGUCUUGAGUCUUUUUGUCAAGGUGAUGGACUGCAGACUGCCUUUUUCUUGUUACCCUUCCAGCAUUAGCACAGCUUGGGGAAGUUUCUAAAAGUGUCUCUUUCCUGUUCCAUUUCCAUAGUUCUCUUUACCAGGCCAACCACUUAUAUCUCCCUAAUCCUACUACAGCAAAUUCAUUUCUUGGGCUGAGUGGUCUGCCUUUUUGAGGAUAUGGAUGAGAAAGAAGCAUAGUAGAAAGAGUUUACUUCUAAAAUCCCUCAUUUCUAUUUAAGGGGAACUAGAACAUGGGUCCAGAAGUUAAGAGCUAAAAAAGCACA